AUGUUUAAGUGGCAUUGUGCCUCUGCUCGCCUGACAGACUACACCCAGGGAAAAGAUUCACCUGAGGGAAUAUUGAAUGUGAACUUUCAUUCGAUGAUCAUUUCACUGAAAGAAGGGACACUACUUUGUUUUGUCAACAUGCUAAGCUGCAGAUUUUUCGUCAAAGGAAACAGCGUGAAGAGAAUGUCCUUGGUGACUGUUUCUUUUGUUACUAUUAGUGUCUCAGUAGUCAUUUCUUUUGUGUUUUUUCUAAAUUAUAACAAUUGCUCAUUUGCAAUCCUUCAUCCUAAAAUGAUUAAUCAAAUUAAUGGAAUUGAAUGGAAGCCAAAGGGUGACAACAAAAACUUGACAUAUACAUACUCGUGGCCAAAAUGUAAGCAAAACCAUUCUGCUGCCAAUGUCGCCGGCUUCAACUCUUUACCCGGUCACAUUAAAGACUUUCUGUACUAUCGCCACUGCCGGCAUUUCCCCAUGCUGCUGGACCUCCCAGACAAAUGUGGAGGACCUGAGGGUUCUGCAGAUGUCUUCCUGCUCCUGGUCAUCAAGAGCUCGCCAAAGAACUACAACCGCAGAGAGGUGUUACGUAACACCUGGGCCAAGGAGAGACUUCAGAACGGAGUGUGGAUCCGGAGGCUCUUCAUCUUGGGAACUCAGAACUCUGGCUUUGAGAAAACAACACUAAACAACCUUCUGGAAAUUGAGCACCGAAAGUACAAGGACAUUCUCCAGUGGGACUUUCAUGACACCUUCUACAACCUCACCUUGAAGCAGAUUCUCUUCCUGGAAUGGAUGGAGACAAACUGUCCUCAUGUUCGCUUCAUGCUCAACGGAGAUGAUGAUGUCUUUGCUAACACCGACAACAUGGUGGAGUACCUCAAAAACCUUGAGGACAACGAUGGGAGCAAGCAUCUCUUUGCUGGUCAUCUGGUUAAGAAUGUGGGACCAAUUCGUUAUCCUGACAGUAAAUAUUACAUUCCAGUGCAGGUUUACAAAUCAGAGUCAUACCCUCUUUACUGCAGUGGAGGAGGCUUUAUUUUGUCAGGAUAUACAGCUAGAACCAUAUACAACAUGUCACACUCUAUCAUUCUUCUCCCCAUUGAUGAUGUGUACAUGGCAAUGUGCCUGGAAAAGGCAGGACUUCAUCCAGAAUCCCACAGUGGAAUAAAAGCUCUUGGGCUGCAGAUUCCAGACAAAAGCGCAGACCCAUACGAUCCAUGUUUUUACAGAGAGAUUCUCCUUGUUCACAGGUUCCUCUCAGUUCAUAUGCUUGUUAUGUGGCAUCAUUUACACAAUCCUCAACUCAACUGUUCACUCAGUACUAAAAUGUAACUAAGGUCAAAAUUGGACCUCUUUCAUUUGUUGAGGUGUAUAGCGCUUUUCUACCUUGUUAUGGUCCGAAGCACCUCACAGUUAUGGUCCCGUUCACUGAUGCACACAUUUACACACUGAUGCUGGGUCUUCUACAACCCAUGGGAUCAGCCUUUAACCAGAGCAAGGUGGAGUUCAGUGUCAUCUCCAAGGAUAUUGAAUUUGCGAUCCUCCAAUCAGAGGCUGACCGCUCAACCUCCAUACUUUAUUCAACCAUUAUAAUAGUUUUCAAAUAGAUGUACCCCAAGUGAAACCAAAUUUCUAUUGGGUUGGCUGAAUCCUAUUUAAGUUACUGUUUUACUCUUUUACAUUUUUUAACAAAAAAGCAAGCUGCCAAAUUUCCAUAGUUCCUCCUGACAAUGAGUUUAACUUCUUUCUCCUAAAUCUAUCCCAUCAAAAGCACAAGUCUCAACCUCCAGGCCUUGAGGGCCAAUGUUCGACAUGUUUACUAACCAUUAAAACUACUUAUUGGCUAAACAUACCUGAUCCAGGUAAGUAGCAGCAGAUGAGGCAGGAUUUCUUAAAAACCAGAAGGAUGCAAGCUCUCACAGUUUGGAGUCUGCUUGAUACCUCUGGUUUAUAUAGUUUAUUGUACUUAAAGCUAGAAAUAAAUCUAUGAUAUUAAAAAUCGAUUUUCUUAGUAAUGUUUCAAUGUUCUUAACCUAUUCCUUGAAGUUGAGUCAUAAACUUAAAAUCUUAAGAAGAUUUUAAGUCCAGUUGCUGACUCAACUUCAAAACAAUGCCACCUGGAUGAAUAAGAACUCUCACUGAAAUUUUAGUAAUUUUAGUUAUUCCUAUAAAAAUAAAUUUCUCUACAUUUUGAGGUAUUUUUCUUUUCAAUUCUUAACUUCAAUGCAGUAAUGAAACUUACGAAAUACAAAGAUAGUUUUGUUUAUCUUUUCAGCCACUCCCUAUUGGUGAUAGAUUUAUAUCAUAGAUUUGGCUUCUGUUUUAAGGCCUUUUCUGACCCAACCCAACACAUUUAUGCAGACUUGAUGCCAGCACAUGGAAACUUUGGAGAGGUUAAAGCCAACCCAACCCUGCUUAACUUUGGAGAUCAAACAAGAAGAGGUGUGUCCACGGUGGCAAAAACAAUUGCUUUAUUGACUUCUUCUCUUCUGGAGAUCAGGUUCUGUCUUUAGUGUCGAUUACACAACACCGACCCAAAAAGAACAACAAAACAUAGAGACACGUGUAGAAUCGGUCAUGUAGCGUCAUAGAUGGCUAAAAAAAAAAAAAAAGAUCUUUGCAACAACACAGACCUGUACUGUUUUUGGUUGAACAAUAAAAAAAUAUAUAAAAACUGUGUUUUGUAAUUCAAGCUACUUUCACAUAAAGUCUCAAAUCAUCUGGAAAAAUCGUGAAGUUCCAAAUACUGUUCACUAGGGGGAGCUAUUUCCUUACCAAGCAAGGAAAAAUGUGUUAAGUAGAAACUAGGCUAGCAAGCUAAUCUUUUUUUAUUUUUUAUUUUUUAGAAAACAGUAAAUAAUGCUCCUACCAUUCAAUAAAUCAAAUUUAGCUUAAUAAACAUUUUGAAACAGUUUCGUGAUUCUUCCUUCAUUUACUGCCAUCAGAUUUUGGGUUUGUUUUUUUUUUUUUUCCAAUUAAUAUUACUCAUGUUUUGACUACACCACCUUAUGUAUAGUGAGGUGUGGUUUCAACUGGUCUGAAGCUGGGUUAACGUAACAAUGCAUUAUGACAAUAACAAAGUAUAAAAGAAUAACCUAGUAAAAAGCCUUCAUGUAACAUAGUAUAAAAGUAUAAAAAAAAACACUUAUAUUAACCCCUAUUAGUAUGAUUAUGAUGUAACAAAAACUAACAGUCAGGUGAUCAUCUUGCUCUUUCAUGAACAUUUUUACAGACAUGGGAUUGAAAUAGUGUCAUUAAAUUGCUGGUGUUACCUUUCAGCAAUUCAAGUUAAGCUGAAGUGUCAAAUAUUUUUAAUCAUUUUAGACUCUUUGGAGCUGUCAAUUACAAAUUUUGUUUCCUGUGAGUCUGAUGUAGAACGGGUUUUCCUUAUUUUUCUUCCUCAUUACUAUACAGAAGUUGUCGUAGUCGUCUCAUGUAGUACAUAGGAGUGUAGUGCUUCUGAUGGAAAUACCGUCUGUAAAACAAACAAGUCUGUUAUGUAACAUGCGUUUUUGUUUUCCUGGAUUGUACAAUAUUUCAUAUUUUGUAUAUUAAUAUUCUGUGUGUGUGCAAGUGAAAAAUUGACAUGAGUGAAUUGCUCAAUGUGUUUGACUGAUAUUCAAAGGGUUUGUGACACCCCCACACAUUCUCUACUCUCCUCAG